AUGGAUACCGCCGUGGCUGUUCAGAAACAGGACAUAGCAAUGUCAGCGGCUUCGAAGCCCAAGUCGGCUUCUGGACCACCGUUCGACGUGCAAGCUCAUGUUGACGGCCUCGUCGCGCGUGCAAUUCGCGCCCUCGCCGAGUUCCAGGCCCUCGACCAGGAGCAAGUCGACCGCAUUGUCGCCAAGGCGUCCGUCGCGGCGCUCAAUCAACAUGGCGUGCUCGCGAAGCUCGCCGUGGAGGAGACCGGCCGCGGCUUGUUCGAGGAUAAAGCGGUGAAGAACAUGUUCGCCUGCGAAAACGUCACAAGCGCAAUGAAAAGGAUGAAGACAGUCGGCGUGAUUCAUCGCGACAACCUCAACGGUAUCGUCGAGAUCGCCGAGCCUGUCGGCGUCGUGGCCGCUGUGACGCCCGUCACGAACCCAACGUCGACCGCUAUCUUCAAGGCCCUUGUCUGCCUCAAGACUCGCAACCCCAUCGUCUUCGGCUUCCAUCCACAUGCACAGAAGUGCUCCGCGGAAGCGGUUAGGAUCGUCCGUGACGCUGCGGUCGCCGCAGGAGCGCCCACGAACUGCGCGCAGUGGAUUGAGGUGCCCUCGAUCAAGGCAACCGGGGCGCUCAUGAACCACCCUGACAUUUCCGUCAUCCUCGCCACAGGCGGCGACGCAAUGGUGAAGGCCGCCUAUUCGUGCGGCAAGCCAGCCAUCGGCGUAGGCCCGGGUAAUGUGCCGGCGUUCGUGGAGAAGACCGCAGACGUAGCGCGCGCGGCGUACGAUCUUGUGCUCUCAAAGUCAUUCGACUACGGCAUGGUAUGUGCCUCCGAGCAAGCUGCGAUCAUUGAGGCGCCGGUCUACGAUCAAGCGAUGGCCGAGAUGCAGCGUCUGCAUGCCCACGUUGCAACCUCCGACGAGAAGCGCAAGCUCGAGGAGCUUGCCUUCGGUGUUGUUGCCAACUCAGAGAACUGCGGCAGCGCGAAGCUUAACCCAGCGAUCGUCGGCAAGAGCGCAUCGUGGCUCGCGAAGCAAGCAGGUUUCAGUGUGCCCCAGGACACCUCGAUCCUCCUUGUCGAAGCUGAUCACGUUGGGUACGAUGAGCCACUCACCCGCGAGAAGCUCUGCCCGAUCCUCGCGGUGAUACGUGCGAGGGACGCUGACGAUGGCAUCCGCCUAUCCGAGCAAAUGGUCGAGCAGGAUGGCCUCGGCCACUCUGCGUGCAUUCACAGUACUGAUGAGGAGGUCAUCGAGAAGUUCGGCAGGCGCAUCAAGGCCGUGCGCAUUAUUACGAACUCGCCAACGUCCCUUGGCGGCAUUGGUGACAUUUAUAACGCCUUUGUCCCGUCGUUGACGCUCGGCUGCGGAACCUACGGAAAGAACUCGGUGUCGAACAACGUUCAGGCGGUCAACCUGAUCAAUGUGAAGCGCAUUGGACACCGUAACAACAAUAUACAGUGGUUUAAGGUGCCAGCAAAGAUCUAUUUCGAGCCAAAUGCGAUCCGAUAUCUCGCUGACAUGCGCCGCGUAAACCGGGUGUUCAUCGUGACUGACGCGACAAUGAGCAAACUCGGCGUAGUCGAUCGCAUCAGGGAUGUGCUGAACCGCAGGUUGAACAUGGUCACCAUGCAAGUGGUCGACACGAUCGAUUCAGAGCCAUCAAUCAGCAUGGUCGAGGUCGGGGCCGAGCAGAUGCGCAAUUUCCAACCCGACACCAUCGUUGCACUCGGCGGCGGCUCCGCAAUGGACGCAGCAAAAGUCAUGUGGCUGCUCUACGAGCACCCCGAAGUGAGCUUUUCCGACGUGCGCGAGAAGUGUUUCGACGUCCGCAAGCGCGCGUUCACCUUCCCCGACCUCGGUGAGAAAGCGCAGCUCGUGUGCAUCUCGACGACGUCGGGCACCGGCUCAGAAGUCACGCCGUUUGCGUGCAUCACGGAUCCCAAGACAGGCUACAAGUACCAGCUCACAGACUACGCGCUCAUGCCGACCGUCGCAAUUGUCGAUCCGACGCUCGUAAACGCGAUGCCGUCUAGACUCGCCGCCGACUCUGGGAUGGACGCCCUUGCCCGGGCUACCGAGGCGUACGUGUCGGUGUACGCCAACGACUUCACCGAUGGCCUUGCGAUGCAGGCAAUUAAGCUCAUCUUUGAGAACCUACCGGCGUCCGUGCUCAAGGGCGACGCAAAAGCCCGCGAGAAGAUGCACAACGCCGGGACGAUAGCCGGCAUGGCCUCCGGCUCGGCCUUUCUGGGCAUCGUGCACGCGAUAACGCACACGAUCGGCGCAUCGUACCGCAUAUCACAGGGUCGCAGUAACGCAACGCUGUUACCGCUCGGGAUCCGUUACAACGGUAGGAUCCCGACCAAGCUUACGAGCUGGCCAAAGUACGAGAAAUACGUCGCUCCCCAGCGCUACCAGGACAUCGCGAAGAUGCUGGGGCUGCCGGCCGCCACGCCCGAGGAGGGUGUCGAGUCGUACGCUCGGGCCGUCGAGGAUCUCCGUGCCACACUCAACAUGGAGUACUCGUUCCGGGCACAGGGGAUUGAGGAGCACGAUUUCGUCGCGAACCUCGAUGAGAUGGCGUUCCGGGCCAGCGACGACCAGUCCGCACCGGCCAACCCGCGCCUACCGAUGGUCGAGGACUUGAAGAUCAUCAUGGAGGCGGCGUACUACGGUAUCUCAUUUGACGAUAUCGUCGCCCGUCGCGCCUCAGCGCAGCUAGCUAAGUCUGAGGUGUCUAAAAAAGGCUAA